CUUCUGCAAGAGAAAACGACACUUUGAUUUCUCUCCUAGAGGAAAAAGGAGGAACGGCAGAGUUGACGCCUUCUCUGACACAGUCCAUUCUUGAAAAGCGGAAGAGCCCACCCAGGCCCUGCCUGAGCCCAUGGCUGCAGAGUUAGUGCCAGGCAUACCCUGGCAGUAAGACACUGAAGGACAAGUUCCUGGAGGAGCUGUGGGACCUCGUGUGCAUUUCCCGGAGCUCCUGAGGGUCUUCAGUGAGCCAGAUUUUCCCUUCUGCCCACUGUCUCCACCAGCAUUCACCUCUGCCCAGAUGUUUAAGAAAGGCGAGCCCUCAACCCGGUGCUGAGCCCCUGAACCCAGUGCCGGGCCCUCUGGAAACACCACCGAUAAGACGCUGGCUGUUGUUACCUUCUGUGUCGCGCUCAGGGACCUUUUAUGUUGCUCUGUACCCCCAUAGCUGGAAGCACCAUAUCUUCUCCUUCAAGAGGGGUGCUCCCAAGGGCACCCUGUCUCCACAGCACCUGGACUGACACCCGGCGCAAAGAAGAGACUCUGCAAGAGUUUGUUCAUUGCGUGCUUACCAGAUACAAGAAAGCCUGUCGUGUCUGUUCCUCUGUUCCUGUAAAGCAGGGGCAAACUGUCUCCAAAUGGCCUGAGGGCUAUCAGGCCCCACCCUAUAAGCUGGAUCUAUGGAGAGGCCCCUCACAGUCCUGCAGGUGAGCCUGUACCACCCGACACAGGGCCCGGUCGCCUUUGCCAAAGUUCCGCUGCAGCUGCAACACGACGCCAGCCGGUUGCUGGUUGGGCGAGGGCAGGACACCCACCUCCAGCUGCAGCUGCCACAGUUGUCCCGCCACCAUUUGUGCCUGGAGCCCUACCUGGAGAAAGGCAGCAACCUGCUGGCCUUCUGCCUCAAGGUGCUGACCCGCCAGAGCUGUGUGUGGGUCAACGGGUUGCCGCUGAGGUACCUGGAGCAGGUUCCCCUGCACUCCGUCAACAGAAUCUCCUUCUCUGGCAUCCAGAUGCUCAUCCGCAAAGAGGGGGGCGCCUCCCUUGAGGCCUUUGUCUGCUAUUUCCAUCUCAGCCCCUCGCCCCUGAUUUACAGACCCAAGGCUCAGGAGACAGACGAAUGAAUGGGAAAACACUGUCAAGAAAGAGACUCCCCCUGUUUUGGGGGGAGGCAACUCGUGAUCUCCUGGGGUCUCUCCACGGCCCCUCCCCGUCUCUGUUUCCCUGCCAAGCCCUGGAGAAGCAACAGAAGCAAAGCACCAGAGGAAGCCUCGAGACCCGGCACCCCACCAGCCCCGCUGCGGAGAGCAAGCCUUACAAAAGCGGGGUUUGAGAUGGUUGAGUUACGUCAGAGUUCACAUGUAAAGCCUGCUGGCCGCCAUGUUCACAGGGCACGGAUUCGGUAAACUUGGAGCGGCCCAGGGACGGAGAAGGGCCCUUCAUGGCUCCAGGGAAUGGGAACUUCAUAUACUUUUAGAGGCCCUGAGGGGUUCUGGGAGCCCCUCCCAGCAUUCUGCCCGCCCCCUCCCCAUUUCCUCCCUUGUCUGGCUAGGAGUUACUUUAUGUCCCUCGUCUCCCAUGCUGCCUAAGGGCAGGAGCAUGGGGUUGCGGCAGGAAUGCAAGGACACGCAAGGAGGAAUUACGUUUGUGGUAGCUCGGGGUUACCUUCAGCUUUCAAAUACCCACAGGCGCUCAGGGCUUAGGAGAGCCUGUGUUUAAUAAACUAAAAGUAUUUCAUUA